CAAACUGUUUAUCAUUGUGUUUGUGUAAUUUAUUCGAUACAACGUAUGGGAGUUUGAAGUGUUUUUUUAAAACAGGUUUUAGUUUGUUUCUGCUAUAGUGAUUUGUAGGAUAUUUUAACUUUUAGUGCAGUCAGUCAGCAAUAUUUGGUUGGAUUAACUUCAGCAGCAAGAAUAUGUAAACCUUACUGCAAAAUUCUACGAUAUUGUUUUACCACAAAACAUUUCUAAAAAUGUCGUACUUGCUAACAUCCUGUCAAGGACAUUUUACAACGUUGCUCAUCAUUAUCUUUGCACUGGUUUCCAACAUUUAUGGUGCUGAUCCCAUCUACUCGCCGCAAACGCUCACAGACACGAGUGGAAACAAUGCGGACAACUCAUCGACGAUCACGUGGGCUAGUCUGCCAGCUGGGAAGUCGUUUACAGCCGGCAGUCCGUCGAGAGUCAGUGAAGGCUUAAAAGCCUACUAUGACUUUGUUCACAGCUUCAUAAAUUCAGUGUUUAUGAAAGGAUUUCCAGAUGAUUUAAUUGAAAAGGGUCUGGAAGGUGACUUUGAUUCAAUCGUCAGUAGUUACCAGUCCUAUAUUUCAUAUUUCAUCGGCUUUGGAAUAUGCGUCGCUGUCGGAGUGCUGUUUUUGCUCAUUUUCCCUAUUGUCGCCUGCUGUUUCUGCUGCUGUCGUUUGUGUGGGAAUUGUGGCGGGAAAAGGCAACAGUUGCAGAAAAAUGCUGACAGUGUCUGCAGAAAAUACACAUUCGCCGGCAUUCUUUUCGUGUCAACCGUAUUUGUAAUGGUCGGAACGAUAUGUAUCUACAUUAAUAAUGAAAACAUGACGACCACGCUAAACAAUAUACCAGAUACAGCAGAAGAUAAUCUCAAUGACGUCAGAACAUUUGUCAACAAUACCGUCAAUGAAGCAACACAUAUAGUGACAGAAAAUUUCCAGUUUGUACAGACAGCUUUGUUUAGGGACCUUGAUAAUAUUGCGUUCCUGGUUGGCCUGACACUGAAGACCGAUAUAGAGGACAAUACAAAUAUCACCAACACUCUGACGUCCGCUUAUUCUUUGGCAGACAGUUUAGACAAUGCAGAUGCAGCGCUGUCAGCGAUUGAGUCGAACAAAACAGCUAUGGAGACAGCGAUCACUGACCUUCAAACUGCACUGACGAACGUCACUAACACCCUUAAUACUGUAUUUGCAAAUUGUGGUGCAAGCUGUCCUGCCGGAGGAAGACCGGAUUACAACGGAACUUCACCGGACAUAGACACAAGUGCUUUUCCAGAUCUGAGCGACGCCCGAACAAGUAUGGACGACGCAAAAGGAACUAAUCUUACAGAGGAGAUUGUUAAUGGAGAAGCAGAAGUUGAUGAUAUACCAGACAGAGUAGCCCGUGAUUCUAACACGACACGAGAAGAUUUAAAGACGACUAUAUCAGAUCUAAGUGACGAUUUGGAGGAUAUUGUUGAUCAAAUCUCGGAUGUUAAUAAUCGGAUAAGCGGGGAGAAUGCUACUAUUGACCUUGAUAAACUGAUACUUGAUAUAAAGGACUACAAAGAGAUGUUAGAGACAUAUGACAAAUACAGGUGGUAUGGCGGAGUAGGUCUGGCUUCUAUAUGCUUGCUGGUUAUUGUAUUCGCCAUAUUUGGACUGCUUUUCGGAAUCUUUGGAACGAGUACAAGCACACCACCAGAUCAGCGAGGGUGUAUCUCAAACUGUGGUGGAAUAAUGCUUAUGGUCUCUGCGGCUUUGAUCUUCAUAUUUUCGGCCUUAUUGAUGUUGCUGACAUUCUUAACCUUUAUACCUGGAGCUCCAAUCCACAAAGUCUUUUGUGAACCAGUGACAGACCUAGAGGAGCUGGAAAGGUAUCUGACAAUUUACAACGACCAGCAAGUUGGAGAAGGCAAAUAUUUCUUUGCAGAUAUUGUACUUGGUAACGACACAAUACCUCUGACAGUCACAGACGCAUUAAAGAAUUGCAAGGACGGACAAGGUGCAUUCACUGCAUUCAAACUAGACAACAGAUUCGACUUGACAGAUAUGCUAAAUUACUCCAAGACACUAGAUGUACAGGCUGAAGUCGAUGCCAUCAACGUCAACCUUUCAUCUGUAAAAAUUUACUCAUCCAGUCUUCAGACACAAUUAAGUGACCUAAAAGACGCAGUGAAUAUCAGUUUUACGGACUUCUAUACUGAGCUGGAUUCAAAUAUAACAACAGUAAAUUUGAGCAGCCUAGCUGAUGAUUUGGAUGCUUAUGCUGAUACGAUACCCGGUUCCCCAACACAAAAAGCUGAUAUCAAAGCUGAAGCAAAUAAAUUGCGAACAAUUGAGGCGGAAGAGUAUGCCUAUGUUGAAAGUAAUGUGACGGCCUUGAAUACAUCUGUAGCUGAAAUGGACGCUGUUGUUUCUAAUAUUCCGACUUUGGUGGACAAUUUAGACUAUGGACUUCAAACUGCGGAUAAUUAUAUUCAAAAUAACGGAAGUGACGUAGUGAGAUCGAUUUUGAAUACCUACGUCAAUCGUCUGCUUGGUAUAAUAGAUUCGUAUGUAGCAUUCACAGAUGAUGCGGUCAAGAACCAGUUGGGAUCAUGUGAGCCUGUUUGGAACAUUUACAAUUCCCUGCUUGUGUACACAUUUUGCUAUAAUUUUAUGGAUUGCUUCAAUGGAUUCUGGUUUUCACUAGGAUGGGUCAUCUUCUUCUUCAUGCCGUCUGUUAUCUUUUCUGUGAAGCUAGCCAAAUAUUUCAGACAAAUGGACCGGGCAGAUGAGAGUCUGUUAGACUCGGACACACCUCCACCACCAUAUUCAGCAAACGGUGGAAAGAACCCUAAUGCAGGGUUAGGACAAGAUCCUGUGUCACAAGAUAUGCCGUCAAAGGCAAAGUUUUGGAUGAGGAACAACAGGGUUUCUCACAGAGACAACGUUGAUGAUUGGUAGGAUUAGACUUUUCCCAAAGCUCAACCUUUCUGUUGCCAGCUUCUUUUUAUCCAUCGCAAUUUUUGUACUGUAUUUAUUUUAUGCUGUGACAUUUUCUAUCUGUGAUAUUUGUAUUUAGUUUUUGUUUUAAGUUUUCCACUUCUAGUAUUAUAUUUUAGUUUUAUUUGAAUCAUUGACCUAAUGUAUUUUAUGACGUAGUUUUAAGCUAUAAGAGUAACAUCUGUUACUUACGAACAACUUAUUGACGUGUAUUAAUCAGUCAGUCAAGGGUGUGACAAAAUUGUCUCCUUAAGGCAGAUGGCUGCUUUAAUCAGGUGAAGGUUAGAGGAACGUGGCAUUUUGUAAAAUUAGCUGGCUGGUCGCUUAUUGCAAAUUGCUACUUAAUGCAGGUAGCCUCUAAAGCAAGUUUAAGAAAAUAUAUUACGCUGAAAAUAUGUAUAAUAGCAAAGCAAGGGAGGAAACCCUUAUAGUCUUCUCUAAAAUUUAUGCUUUUGUUAUUGGACAUUUAUCGAGAAGAUCAACUGCGGUACGAUAAAAGUUGGAGGCUGGUCGAGUUGAAUGUCACCUUACCUUUUCCCACGGCCUGUAACAUGCAGCAAUGCUCUUUCCACUGCUAGAAGCAAGUGCUGUGUGGUACUUUUUGUCGAUGGAUAUUAGACGUAGAUGCCGUGUUAUUGCUUUGCUUUUAGCAAUUUCAUACAUAGUUUAAUAAUGCCGUCCCGAAAGAUUAAUUACCAAAUAUUGAUAUACCUUCAUUCUUUUUCUAAAUUUUUACUCUUUUUUGACUUUUGUUGCUUUUUUUUGUUUUGCUUGCAAUAUAUAUAUACCAUUGUCAUGUGAUUUAUUGUCUAUUUUAUCAGUGUGUAAAUACUCAUACAAGGAGUGAAGGAGUUUACAAUAUUUUGGAAUAUACAUGGUAUUACUUCAAGUUUAGUUUUCGUUGGCAGCUAAGUCAUUAAGUCAUCUUUUGGCUAGAAUUAAGUAACGGAGACGUUUGGUUAUUUUCCAGUUAAUUUACAAACAAAACCAAAACAUGCUUCAUUGACUUGCAUUCAUAUAAAGUCAUACUUCGACAUUCAGUAAUGUAAGACACGUGAGAGUGUUUCACCAUGUUGUUAUUUAAAUAUCUUUUCAACACUUGUCAAAAAUAGUAUUUUGUUUUAGGUUUAAAAUUGUUAAUGACAGAUGAGAAUAUUUUAUCACGUAUUUAUAUAUAUUUAUAUUGCAUAUUGCAUUCACAUUUUGUAUUUGAUACAAACAUAUCGUCACCUCAGAGCUAAAAGUGAUAAACUGUACUGAUAUAAAGAAACAGUUAAGGAUACAAGAACAUAUAUUUUAUAAGGAGAUAGUAAGUUUAGUGUAUUCACAACAUAAAAUAACUAAACAAAUGUUGCAUAAUGGCUACUUCUCAAAUUGAUAUUUCACACCAUUAUAUGUUUAAUUCACAUGAUAUUUAAGAACGAUUUUAUGCUAAAAGUUUGACUUUUAAAGGCUCUAAAAUAGUAGAUUGUCUUAAGACUGUGUAGUAACUCACGAUGUGCUUUGUGUGUCAGUUGUUUAAGUGCUUUCCUUCACUUCACCACUGGAUGCUUUAUUGCCUCAAACAAACUUUCACAAACGACAUUUCAACCUUUUACACAAUGCAAAACCACAUUACAUAGGGAUAUUCUGCGAAACUUAACAUAGACCUGGAGAACAUUCUAGAAUCUUAUCUGAAAUAAAAAAGUAAUGGAAAUAAAAAGAAAACUUUUCUUUUACAAACAAUAAAUAAACGUUUUUGUUUCUGUGUUGAUAUUUAGUAUUGUAAUAUUGCCACAUAAGUUGGUGACAAAACCCUAUGUUUAAUGGUUUAGUACUGAUGAUAUGGACUUUUUCACUAUUUUUCCUUUCUUGAUUUUAAAAAAUCAAUGUUAUCUUUAGAUGUCAAUGCUUUUCAGAUUUGUAACGGGCGUUAACGUUUCAUUCUAACUGUAAAUGUGAUUACAACCCAUUAAGUUCUUUUUUUAGCUCACGUGAACCAAAGGUUCAGAGUGAGCUGCUCGUAAUGGCUGAUAGUCCGGCAUCCAUUAUCUUGUGGUUGGCGUCUAUCAUCAUCGUGUUUCUUUCAACAUCAUCUCAUCUGAAGAAGCAGCUAGCUAGAAUUACACCAAAUGCAACCUGAAACAUUUAUAUAACGUCUUCGCUUAAGAUUCUGUUUGAACCUUCUUAGCUGCCACCAUAGCUAAAAGAAGAAAAGGUAACAUUUCAACAACCUCUCCUCAUCAGUCACUUGAUGAAUUUCCACCAAACUUGAAUACGUGGUAUCACUGUAGGGACCUCUAUCAGGUUUGCUCAAUGGCUCUUCUUGGUACCUUAAAGUGGUCCGUAGCAUCUCUUUAUACUAGAACUCUUUCAAUUUAGAAAAGCUCCUUUUACAUGUAGGGGCCACCAAACUAAAGAAGGUAAGGUGAGCGACUGUGGGCCUUUUUGUUCUACUUUUUAUAUUUGUAGUUUUUAGAUAUUUUGAUAUUCAUUCAUAACCGUAAAUUUCUAUUUUUUCAAACAAUCAUAUUGGAACAUUAUAUAUGUGCGCCUCUUUAGAUACGGCUUUUUCUUUUUCGAUUUCGAUCUUCUGUUUUGCUUUCAUAUAUUUCGUAUAUUUAUGUCAAUCAAAAAAUCAGAAAACUCAUAUUCUUUGUUUUACUAUAAGUGUCAUUUAAAUAUUGUAUACAGCAUGCACAUUUCUUUGACUGUAAUUUCGGAUUGAUUUCUCUUGUGAAUGAAUACGUAAGUUCGAUAAGAAACUACGUUAUAUCAUACAAACUAUAUUUUCAUUUCAAAGAUGAUUAGAGUAACUUUAUAAAAGGUAUUAGUACGUCCUACAUUUUAUAAAAUAGUUUUCAGUUUUGUCAGCGGACAGCAUGUAAAGAAUCCGCUUUACAGGAUGGUAUAUAUUCACUCUCGGAAAAUAUUUAUAACAUUUGAACAUUAUGUAUAAUUUUAAACUAAAUUUAGCCUUGAUCAAGGAAAUCAUAUAUAAUUGCAAUGGUAGUGGGAUACUAAUGUCUUGACGCGCGUUUAAAACAAUUACUGAAUCUAUUCUGAAAAAUAAAUAGAUACAUUAAUAUGUAUUUGAUUCACUAAAUAAGUGAUUAAUAUAAAGAAAAAUGAAACAAUGUCCAAUAUAUACGAAUCCACAUUAUUUCAGCGCAUCAUCACCCAUUCCACCUUUCCCAUCAAAAGAAUCACGUGACUGUCUUGAGCAGGUACCGUCAAAUUUAUAUGAAGCUAGG